AUGGACAGCAAGCCCGAAAAGUCGCCGUCUUGCGGCGAAACGCCUCCCACGCCUGUCACACCCUCGCGAUCAGGGUCGCGGGUCCGGCUGCAAACUUCAACCGGGGCAUCUACCGAGCGCGCCAUGUCCGACUCCUUUUUGGAGCCCAAGCGCUCGCCGCCUCCAGCGCCUACUGUGCAGGCGGUACCGGUGACCGAGCCCUCCAGCCGACGGCCCAGCCAGGACAAUCCUCCGCGCACUAAAGAGCAGGAGAUAGAGGCCUUGAAGAAGGAAAAAAUCAAGCUACGGCCACCGCCGCAGGACUGCAUUUAUGAUCUCGGUAAAGAGCUCGGGAAAGGAACAUAUUCUGUCGUCAGAGAGGCUAUUCACAAACCUACCGGCAAAUACUACGCAGCCAAGAUCAUAAACAAGAGACUCAUGCGGGGCCGUGAGUUUCUCGUACGCAACGAAAUUGUUGUUUUGCGGCGCGUUAGUAAAAACCAGCCUCAUAUUCUGAGUUUGGUCGACUAUUUCGAAACAGAGCACAGCCUGUACCUUAUCACCGAGCUUGCUCGGGGCGGUGAGCUCUUUGAUAGGCUCUACAGCAACGGCACAUUCUAUGAAUCGGAUGCCGCACACAUUAUGAAGCAGGUGGUUAGUGGGGUUGCCCAUCUCCAUGAGCACGGUAUUGUUCAUCGUGACCUCAAGCCCGAGAACUUGCUGUUCAAGACCACCAGCGAGACUUCGCCGCUGUUGAUUUGUGACUUCGGACUCAGCCGCAUUAUUGACGAAGAAAAAUUCCGCAUCCUGACCACUACGUGUGGCACACCUAGUUAUAUGGCUCCCGAAGUAUUUACAAAAACCGGUCACGGGAAGCCGGUGGAUAUCUGGGCAAUUGGCGUCAUCACCUACUUUUUGAUGUGUGGCUACGUUCCUUUUGACCGCGACAACCCUGUUGAAGAGCGCGAGGCUAUCAUCAAAGGUGAAUACCAGUUUGAACCUGCCGAGCACUGGAUCCAUGCCACCCGAGACUGCAUUGACUUUAUUCAAGGAUGUCUUAAACUGGAUCCGCUGGAGCGGAUGAGUGCGCAAGAAUGCUUGUCCCAUCGAUUCCUGACCAAAAAGUACCGCUCGUCGCGGACGAUUGAAGCCGACCUCCUGCCGUCGUUGAUGGCAAGUCUCAACACGCGGCGGGACAGUGCAGCCGACAUUCCGUCGAUGCUCGAGGGUGAUAGCAUGAACGGAGCGUAUUCUAGAAGUCCCACAGAGCGGUCACCGAGCUACUGGGGCUAA